UGGCUACACACCUCUACUACGGUGCGAGUUAAAUGGGAGGAGUCAGCGCAUGGUGCGAUCCUGUGGUCCCGCUCAGCGGUCGUCGAGUCAGUAAUCCCCCAGCCGUGAUUAUCUCUAGAUGUAGAUCGACGAUACGCGGAAGGCAGAGGUAUAGUUAGUUUGAAGACAUUCGCUAUGGAGGCACGAUAGAGCAUACUUUUAUAGCGUGAUUUUAGACUAGACGUAGAACAGUAGUCUUUUCGUUCUUACUUUUACUCACAUAAAUGGGCUUUUCCAUUUUAUUUUUUUUAAAUUCGUAAAGGGAAGUAAUUAAGUAUGAGGAAGUAUAUAAGCUGACCAUGACAACAUUUGUUCGAUACUUUUGCACGCAUAGCAAGACCGGUAGACUCUAGCCUCUUCUCUGGACGAACCAUCUGCAGUCGAUCACUCGGGAAGAGGCUUUUAUUUUCCAGACAGUCUUUGAGAAGACUCAAUAUGUCGAAAGCUGGAAGGAUCCCACUCAUCUUGAUCGACAUUACCUGCCUCGCUCUGGUGGGGCUUCCCUUUUUCAUCCUUACUCCUCAACACAGCCCGUUCAAACGGGGCUUCUUCUGCAACGAUGAGAGCAUCAGGUACCCUCUCAAAGAGGAGACCAUCUCCUACCAGCUCCUGGGAGGAGUCAUGAUCCCAUUCACCUUGAUUGUGAUCGUCUGCGGCGAGUGCCUCACCGUCUACAUGUCUCGCAUCAAAGCCCAACGGGCCUGCGUCGACGGGAUGUCCUAUGUGGCGAGCAUUUACAGAGCCUUGGGGAGCUGUGUGUUUGGAGCGUUGGCCACCAUGUCGCUGACGGAUAUCGCCAAAGCCACCAUCGGUCGGCUACGCCCACACUACUUGGCUGCUUGUAAACCUGUUUGGGAAGCGAUCGACUGCAAGUCAGGAGGAUAUAUAGAGGACUUCACAUGUACUGGGGAUCCGGAACAGGAAGUCGAAGCCAGACUUUCCUUCUACUCUGGUCAUUCGUCCUUUUCGAUGUACUGCAUGCUGUUUCUGGCACUGUACAUCCAGGCCAGACUCAAGUAUGAAUGGGCCAGGUUGCUGCGCCCCACCAUCCAGUUCUUCCUGCUGGCCACGGCCAUGUAUGUGGCCCUGUCCCGUGUGUCUGAUUACAUGCACCACUGGAGUGACGUGCUCAUUGGCCUCUUGCAGGGAGCCGUGGUGGCCGUUCUCACUGUGGUCUUUGUGUCGAACUCUUUCAAACAACGCGUGUCCCCAGAGGUGGUGGAGGAGGAUAUCUCCGAAACCAGUUUACAGGAGAGCCCUUCCAAUGGGCACCACUAUGGAAGCACUGAUUGAAGCAAUGGCCUUACAGACGCAGAGGCUAGCUAGCUUAGCCGCAACUCGAUGUAAGGGUUAUUAUGGAUGUACUAAGGAACUCAAGUGGACUGUUCAUAUCUGUAAACUUAACUGCUGGCAGUUUAUGCACAAUUUUACUAUUGAUCCCCCCUGGGACUAUUCCAAAGCAAACAGGCUGUUUAUAGGGUCUUGAAUGUGUUAAGCAAUAAGCAUAGAUAUAAGAUCAAGGAUAGUGGACGUUGGAAAUUUCCUCAUUUCAUUCGAACAUGGUGAAAUGUAUUAUGCAGAACUGUACCAGUAGUUUUGUAUAUCAGUCACUACUGGUUGGCAUUGUGUUCUCUAGCUUAGUGCCCUUGCCAUGGUGGAAAUAACUACCUUUCCACACAAUAUAACGAGACACCGAGUGUAGAUCUACUCUUGAACAGGCCUGUAGAAGGCCUGGCACCUGUGACGAUGGAUAAAAUAAAAUACCCAUUAGCCAAAAAGAAUAUGGAAUAAUUUAAUUUAAUUUAAUAUUGUUUUAAUUACUAAAUCGUUUUUCUGCUGCUACUCGCAAUGUAUCUCUCACAAUCCCCCAAACCCCUCAAUCUUGUAUAUAGUAUCCCUAUGGUGGGAGAGCAAUGUUGUUUUUGUAUGUUUUUAAUGAAGCUCAAUUUUUUUCAGCUCAAAAUAAAAACAGGAUUCAAGUAAAUAUAAAAAUGUUUCAGUUUACUUUGCCAGAUCCUGCUGCCUUGACAGGCCAUAUUAAAAUAUAGACCAACCUCUAAACAUAAA